AUGACACAGGCUACAGUUGAUAUACACACGGUUGCGGAGAUGAACUCCACGCCCAACAGCUUCAAGAACCCGAACUAUAAACACCCGACGCGCCGUGUGAAACCUGUCAAGCAACUCAUAGUUGACGAGCAGAAGCACCUGAGGGCAAUCGCAGAGAAGGUGAAACAUGAGCCGGUGACCUACUUUGCCAUUGAGGCGCCUCCGUCCAUCAAGCCUGUGAAGAAGUACUGCGAUAUCACAGGGCUGAAGGGUAACUACCGGUCUGCAUCCAGUGGUAUAAGAUACCAUAACGCUGAGGUGUACUCCAUUGUGAAGAACAUGGCCCAGGGCGUGGACCAGCAGUACUUGGGGCUGAGAAACGCAAAUACCGUGCUAAGAUGA